GAAUUAUAAUUUCGUUCCUCUUAAUUUUUUUUAAUUAGAUUGUAACUAAAUAUGAAACAAAAGAAAACUCUUGCCUAAAGACAUGCAACCCAUAUUUAUUUGUAGUUUUGAUAGCAUAGAAAUAUAAAAUAUAACCGUUUCAAUUUCUUUACCCACAGUUUAUCACAAGUUAUUAAUCAUGGACUCUUAAAAACAACAUUUCACUCUGUUAGAAGAAAAAUUAUUUUCUUUCUCUAUUUAUUUAUGUUCGAUUAAAACCUUCAAUAAGCAGCAUUUGUGUUUUUCAAAUUGUUUUAAUUGCUUUAGUAAUUAAUUUAUUUUUAGAUUUAUAAAUUAUCAGUAUUUCGCCACAAAAACGAAUGUCAGCGUCAAUUGAAUAAUAAAGCAACUUACCAGUAAAUGUGAUUAUCAUUUUGACAAUAACUCUACCUUAACACGAUUCUAAUUAACCUAAUUUUGUAAUAAGAACACACAAAAAUGAACAAUUUAUUAAAAAUAUACAAAAGGGUUAAUAAAACACCAGUAAGACAUUUUUUAGGUGCAACGACUAGUUUUCAACAAAUUAGGGAAAAUAUAGAAAAUGGUACUUCGGGUCAUUUACCUUUAACUAUAUUAAGCGAAGAUGAAUUAGCUAUGAAAGAAACAGUUGCACGACUAGCUCGGGAACAAAUAAAUCCUCACGUCAGAGAUAUGGAAAAGGAGGGAAAAUUUAAACAGUCAAUUGUUGAUAUGUUGUUUGAUAACGGACUGAUGGGGAUUGAAAUAAGUACCGAUUUUGGAGGAGCCGGUUGUAAUUUUAUGACGACGAUUUUGUGUAUUGAAGAAAUAGCUAAAGUCGAUCCGUCGAUUGCGGUUUUGGUCGAUAUUCAAAAUACUUUAGUUAAUAAUGUUAUUAAAAAGUUAGGGACUGAAGAACAGAAAAACAAAUAUUUGCCACAAUUGGCGACGAAUAUGUGUAGCAGUUUCGCCCUAACCGAGCCCUCAUCAGGCUCUGACGCAUUUGCCCUAAAAACAACCGCUAGAAAAGACGGUUCCGAUUUCGUCAUCAACGGAUCAAAAAUGUGGAUCUCCAAUUCUGAUCUAGCCGGAUUAUUCCUCGUCAUGGCAAACGCCGACCCUUCAUCGGGCUACAAAGGAAUUACUUGUUUCCUGAUCGAAAGAGACACUCCAGGCCUAACAGUUGCUAUUCCUGAAAAAAAACUAGGAUUGUGUUCUUCGGGAACUUGUAUGCUCACUUUUGAAAAUGUUAGAGUACCAGAAUCGGCCAUUUUGGGCGAAUACGGGAAAGGUUAUAAGAUAGCAGCUGGAUUUUUAAAUGAAGGGAGAGUGGGAAUAGGGGCUCAAAUGGUGGGUUUAGCCCAGGGAUGCUUUGAUGCCACCAUACCAUAUACACUGGAGCGGACUCAAUUUGGGAAAUCGAUUUUCAAUUUUCAGGGAAUGCAACACCAAAUCGCUCAAAUUGCCACACAAAUCGAGUGUGCUAGACUUCUUGUAUAUAACGCGGCAAGAUUAGUGGAAAAUGGGCAACCCUUUAUAAAGGAAGCAGCGAUGGCAAAAUGGUACUCGGCAGAUGUCGCCCAACAAACUUGUGUCAAAUGCAUUGACUGGAUGGGUGGAGUUGGGUUCAGUAAGGAUUUCAUUCAAGAGAAGUUUUACAGAGAUGUCAAAAUUGGAAGCAUUUAUGAAGGAACAUACAAUAUGCAGUUAAAUACCAUUGCUAAACACUUAGCGAAAGAAUAUCAAAAUUGAUGUUAAAGUUUUGUUAAUUUGGAGAAAAAAAAAGAUUGUGACAAAUACAAAUUAUUUCACAAG